CUUAGACCCCAGGGACUUGCAGUGACAAUUACUCUAACUCACUUAAGCUUGACGACCUCACAGCUAACCGACUCGUGGGUUUAUUCUUAACGCAGCACCACUCACAGCUAAAUUAUCGAUUUGAAGUAACUUCAAACCGACUCAAUUAAGAAACAUGAGUGCGAAGAGCCGAUGGAUUGGUGGCCUAAGAAACGAAUAAACUGGACUAAGCCGUCAGCCCAUCUUCUGGCGAGAUCGAUGGAGGAAUGGCCGAAUUGUUUCACGUAAUACUUUGGGUUAUAAUUCUAAGCGGAAGUAUUGAAGUUACGACGUCGCGGGUUGCUUUAGAAAAGUGUCAAGAUUCGACAUCUCAGACUGAGUUGAAUUCAUUCCUAUGGUUGAUUAAGAGGUCUCCACCAGCGUAUUUCUUUGGAACAAUCCACGUACCUUAUACUCGAGUAUGGGACUACAUACCUAUUAACAGCAAAGAGGCUUUCACGAACAGCCAAAAUGUGUAUUUUGAACUGGACUUGACCAACGAAAGCACUAUGCGAGCUCUCGUAAAAUGUCAGCUAUUGCCUACGGGAAAGUUGCUAAAACAUAUCAUUCCACGAAGGAUGUACAAACGCUUGAAAUCUCAUCUAAAAUACAUCAGGAGAAAGAUUCCUUCGUGGUUGCAUAGAAAGGACAGUCGGUACGGAACUCACGGGACACCCUACGCUGAUCGACUCUACGAACUUUUAACUAAAGAUUGGGAACGUAAAAGACCGAUAUGGGUAAUGUUAAUGGUGAAUUCGCUAACUGAGAGCGAUAUAAGGAAUCGCGGGAUUCCCGUUUUAGAUCAAUACCUCGCGAUACAGGCUUCGAGGGGUAGCAAACUUAUUGGUGCAGUGGAGAACGUUGAAGAGCAGUGCAGUCCCCUAAACACCUUGAACGUGUCUCAGGUUAUCUUCGCUCUUAACCAGUCCCUUCACUUCCAAGAAAGACUGCGCCGAGGCAAAGCGCACCUGACCUACACAACAGAUGACCUUAUAAAUCACUACAAUUGUGGGGACUUGAAGACCAUAUUAUUCUCGACCCAGUCCACUCAAGUAUCACCGCUGACCGCUAAUUCAACGCGUGAAGAAAGUCAGAGAAGAAAAGCCCAAAACAUUGACUCCUACUUCAGGAAUGAAUUAAUUUAUCAACGGAAUGUUCGUAUGGCGCGAAGAGUCGUUGAACUUCUGCGUGAUAAUCCAGAAAAGGAUUUCUUCUUUGCAUUUGGAGCGGGUCAUUUUCUUGGUAACCAUAGCAUCAUUGACUUAAUAAAGAAAGAAGGAUACGGUAUUGAGUAUGUCAAGUCUACGCAAAACCUCCCAAGCUACAAAGCAAAAAAGUCAAUUUUAACGAACAAAGAGUUCCCCAAGAAACGGGGGUGUCGCGGCAGAAGAAAAAGAAAGAAAAAAUGUGAAAGUUUAAGAAACAAAAAACGCCCCGAUUACAGUAGAGUUCGCUUGCUACAGAAAGCUACAAGAAGGCCGUACCCAUCGAAUAGGCCUGUCACGUCAGUCCUAAAUAAUGACGUUUACCAAAGAAAUAUGUGGUCACGAAAUGCUGUGUCACGGCCAGAAAUUUGGACGAUGAGCUCUACUCUGAUGCGUUUAGUGUUGUUGAACGUUUUGUAUGGUGUAAUUCGAUGAGGAGUCGAUGAAUUUCUGGCAUUUGCUUUCCUGUAUUCCUGUAAUCGAGUCCAACUUAUGGGAGGAGAAAAAUAUAUCCUGGAAAAGAGUACCUCCGAGAUCUCUACAGUAAUAGACACCUUGCAUGUGACGUCAAAGGAGCUCAAUUUGGAGGGAAGGGAAACAAUACAAUUUUAAUGCUCCUUGGAAUUGGAAACCUAUUGUUUUGCCCUCCAAAUUGAGCGGCAUUCCGAAGUGCUGCAAGGAGUCUAUAGAUCAGAACACUACAUAAAGAAAUAUAUGUAUGCUUUAUUCUCCAUGGAUUCGAAAUCAAUUUAUUUACAUAUUGGGCUUCCUGUUAGCCAUAGAAAUGAGGCUGGAAUUGACAUGAAUCCUUAUACUCAUAAAUGAAGGAAAAUUCGUAAAGAAAAUUCCAGGCUUUAAACAUUUUGUUUUUACAUGAAAUUGAGGUUCCGACUGACAUAAUCUGACAAGAAAUUGAGACACAUACAACUAAAAAAAACAAAAUGAAAAAACUCGUUUUCAUGAGCAUUUWAAAAAAAAUUAUCUACCAGUCAUUCCCGUGUACAUGAAAUUGAGGCUGUGACUGAUAUCACCUACUUAUACUCUUGCAUCAUUCAAGAUGGGAAUUUUCCAAACGUUGAAGUACAGUUUGUUUAUAGUACUCUUUUGUAUAGGGUAUGCCACAAGGUUCAGUACUUGGACCUAAAGUAUUUCAAAAAUAUUAUCAUCAUUUCUAGUGUUUUAUUGGUGGAAGUGACGUGGAAAAUCUUAAAAAGAUAUAUAGAAAUAUACUUAUGAAUAUAUUAACCCAUUAAAAGGUUAGCCACGCGUUUGUAAGA